CACAGAACUAGGGCCUGCUGUCUAUAGCUAGUCGUUUGAUUUUCAAAGAUUAUUUCUACUCUGUGGGAUAGAAACUGCUGUCUUGUGGACUCCUCUAUCCAGCCCACUCGACAGCUUCCGUCGCCACGGCUGAAUCUCGGGCCAGCUUGAACAACCCCCGCGUGUACAAGUCCGCCUGCUUGUCGAGAGCCCCAAUCUCGCGGUAUCUCUCUGUCCUGAUCUUUCUGCUCUCAUGGACACCGCACCCUCCGAGAUCUUCAUGUCCAUCGUCUCCUACCCCGGGACCGGCGAGCGCAGCUUCGAGGAACUCCGCGUCACGGACUACAUCCACGCAUACAGCACCACCGGCGCCGCGCCCGUCCCCUGCGACCCCCUCCCAGCCGCACCCGACCGCGCCGCCCUCGGGCUCUCGCCCGCGUUCGCCCCCGCCGUGAUCACACCCGACGUGGAAGCGGAACUGUUCCUGUUACAGAUCGAUCCCACUCUGCCUCCUUCUGAGCAACCAAUACUAAUAGACCACCCGAUGGACGGGAGUCCCAGCUCCUCUGCCGCAUGCAAGCGAGAGCGCUCGGACGCCUUCACCUCCGCUUCUGCCACACCGCCCCUCCCGAUCCCGACGUACAUCUCCGACCCCGUACCGCGAGGCACCGUCCUCGCCGAGGGGAACGGCCGUGUGGUGCGUGCACUGCCAGUCCGGCGGCGCGCAGUCGGACAGGCUGCUUGAAGAGUGAGUGGGCAUGGUUGAGUCGAUUACUGAUGAGAACGGACAGGUUUGCUAGUCUCUGAAGGAUUUUUGGAUAUGGGUUUGUCUGUUGUCGUGUAUGAUUGGUACCUGUAGGUAUGCGCAUUUGUAUUCGUCGAUUACACUACAUGUAAGGAUUAGAUGUUGCUCUUUUUU